GGACAGAGUGCACCCUGCUACAUUUCCUAAUCGUGAGGUUGGUGUGUGAGCAGUAGAACUGAAGUGAACUGGUCACGAUGCAGUUGCUCCUCCAGGGCAGUAGGCUUGUACUGGCUCUUGCCCUCCUCCUGGUUUUGGAUUUUUCAGUUCAAGGUUCUCCUGUGAAGAGAGCCACGUACCAGUGGGUACACUGCAGUCCUGACAGUAAUUCUGCAAACUGCAUUGAUGAAAAGGAACCAAUGUUUGACCUACUUCCAGGUGAAUCCAACAGAAUCUUUCCUCUGACUGACCGUUCUUCAAUGUCAAGAUCCCAGAACUUGAAUGAUAUCUUUCCUAUUUCUGAGGACUACUUUGGAUCUGGCUCUGGCUCUGGCUCUGGCUCAGGAUCUGGAAGUGGCUCUGGAAGUGGCUUCUUACCUGAACUUGAACAGGAAUAUCAACCAGUAGAUGAAAACAAUGAUUUUUAUGAUAACUUUAGGCCUCUUAAGAGAAAUCUGCCCUCAGACAACCAGGACUUGGGCCAAGAUGGACCAGAAGAGGAUUUUAUUAUAUAAAAGAGAGGGUUUCCCAUCUUGAUGUCAGGGAAUGCAUUCAAUAUAUUUUAUGUACCAUAGUUAAGUGAUUAAUUUUGGAACAAGAGGUUUUAUAGAAAUUUUAAAACAUCUGAAAAAGAAGUGUAGGUUUUAUCACCCUUUCCCCCCCUCAUGAAUUCUUUUUUUUUUUUCCCUCAUGAAUUCUUAAAGCUUCCUUUAUCUAUCCUAUUGUCCUGGAAAAUACCUGUAUUUCCUUUGUAUCAUGUUCAACAAAUAUCACUAUGAAAUGAACCAGAAAGCCUAUGUCUAUAAAAUUGCAGUAAAGAAUAAAUUAUACUAUUUAAAAAAAAAUCAAUUUGAAAGGCAAAUUGACAGGCAAUAUUUCUGUAAGUCUUCAGAAACAUGACUCUGGUUGUGAAUUAUAGAUAUGUCUUGUCUCUUAUGAAAAUCCAGAUGAAACACACAGUAAAUUUAGAGUGGGUUUUUGACAAGUCCAGUGUAAAGUGUACUGCUCUUAUGUUACCAUCCAAUGUGUUUGUAGAGCUGGUGGACUUUGUUGAGAACUAUGAUUGCUGUUACAAUGAGAAACUUAAGACCCAAAUUAAAGCACAGCUGUACUCUCAUUACUUCAUACUGCUUUACUUUUUCCUUAGAUAUCUGUGUAUUUUCAAUCGUUACCCUAUUAAAGCAGAACUAUAACCAA